CCUUUGCCUGAAGCAACUGUCAUCCCAAAAGAUCCUGAUGACUGGGCCAGCUGAGAGCAGGGGCUGAAAGAAGAAUGUUAGCAUGUCUUUCCCCUGCUUGUACCUUAAAUAUCUUCCAUGCAGUACAUAGAGUUUAAUUUUAGACUCCACAUGAGGCAGGAGCAAGCGGUUUGCAGCUGAAGUCAAAGCCAGAGACAGUGUGCUCUGUCCUGGGUCACUGACUAGACAGAAAUUAUCUUUCCUUUUGAUACCAGCGGAAGGCAGAAGAUACACAGCACAAACAUGUCAAACAACAGAGAACUCGAUGAGCUUAACGAAGAUGAUAUUGACGAAGAUGAAAUCCUUGCUAUGCUUUCACCUGAGGAGCUUAAGGAACUCCAGAGUGAGAUGGAUGUUAUUAUCGCACCAGAUGAGACUGUACCGGUUGGACAAAGACAGAAGGACCAGACGGAGAAGCCUCCAACAGGGACAUUCGACCACAGAUCUUUGGUUGACUAUCUCUACUGGGAGAAAGAGUCCAAACGCAUGCUUGAGGAAGAAAGAGUGCCUGCUACGCUGCUGCCCAGUGAGAGAACUUUGAGGGAGGAAGCUGAAAAGAAAGAAAAAGAAGUAAAUGCAGAAGAUGAAAAGUACGAAGUGUAUGAAGUAAUAGAAGACAUUAUUGAGGAAGAAGCUGUAGAUGGCACAGAUGGAGAGGAAAUUAUAGAGGAAAUCAUUGAGGAAAUCAUUGAAGAGGUUGAUGAGGGGGCUGAAAUACACAACGAGGCAAAGUCACCUGUGAACACAGACAAGCAUGUAGAGGAUACAGACAACAACACAGAAAAACUACCAGAAAACAAUACCGAUGACAAUCAGUCUUUUUCAGAUACAAAGGAGAACAGUGAGAGCUUAGUCUCAGAGCACAGCACUGCACAUGUUCAAGAGAAAGAGGAAGUUAAAACUACAGAUUCUUUGCUUCCCAAAGAGGCUCCGGAAGAGUCAGAGAAAAAUGAAACCAAUGAUAAUCUCCCACAGAAAGAAGAGAGGAAAAUUAGUAAAUUAAAAAUUCCAAAGCUGGCACUCAACAAUAUAAAAAUGACAUCAAGACCCUCAGGAAAUGAAACAAAUUUGGAUUCAACACUUGACAAAAUCCUCAAAAACUCCUCCUCUGUCACUGAGGUAAACCUCAACAACAUAGAAAACAUUCCCAAAGAGAUGCUCUUAGACUACGUCAACGCACUGAAGAAGAACAAGUAUGUGAAAACAUUCAGCAUAGCCAACACCGGUGUUGAUGAAAACAUAGCUUUCAGUGUGGCCAACAUGUUACGAGAGAAUCGCAGCAUUAAGACGCUGAAUAUCGAGUCCAACUUCAUUACCGGAAAGGGCAUCGUCGCCAUCAUCCGCUGUCUCCAGUUCAAUGAGACUCUCACAGAGCUGCGUUUUCACAACCAGAGGCACAUGCUGGGUCACCACGCAGAGAUGGAGAUCUCACGCCUGCUCAAGGCCAACAACACCCUCCUGAAGAUGGGCUACCACUUUGAGCUGCCAGGGCCCAGGAUGGUGGUGACCAACAUUUUAACCAGGAAUCUUGACCGCCAAAGGCAGCUGAGGAAGGAGGAUCAGAGGCUGCAGCAACUGAAGGAGCAGAAGGAGGUGAUGCAGAUGUAUGAAAACAGUCUAAACCUGCCUCCUGGUUUACUUGAGAGACUAGGGUACAUACCAACUCUGGAACUCCUGCAGGAGCACGGGCUCAUCCCACCCUCGUCAAAUCUGGGCACCGUACCUCAAACACACCUCCAGGCAGAGCAGCCAGAGCCUCAGAAGCAACUCAAGCACAACAACACUCUCAAACAACCCAGUGCCGAGCCAGCAAACCCAUUAAAGGACGUCCAGCUGAAGAGGACUCCCAAGAAGCGUGACCCUUUUCUGGAGCUGGACGCGAAGGAUGACAGGAAACCAGAGAGGGCAAGUUUUCAACUGAAGAAGACUCCCAAAGUGAAGGGUGCGGGCAGCGGAGAGAUGACAGACGAGAAAGCAAAUCUGGCUGAUGUGAUUAAGACUUUGAAGCCCGUCCCUCGUAGACGAGUGCCACCAAAGGUUGAGCUCACACCCCGUGAUCAGCUGCUGAGUGAGAUCAAACACAGCAAUGUGGCCUAUCUCAAAUCUGUUCCACUCCCUAAAAUCCUGGAAUCAAGGGAAACGAGUCUCCUCUAAGGAUGUAUGUGCUCACAAUGUUGUAUAUUUAUUUUACACAUUUUGUAUUAAUCACUCUAAACUGUGUUCACUGUGAUGAACUGUGCAAAGUAAGAGUGAUCUACAUUGACAUUGCACCUGAAAACAUUGGCUGGUUGUUGUUCCACUCUUGUGUUGUUAUCUCACUAAACUGCUGCUGUAGGAAGUCAUAAAAUGUAUGAAACUGAAAAGAGUUAACCCCCCAAAACACCCUAUAUUCAAUUUACAUUAAAAUUUGCUACAUCUAAAGCACAAAACACGGA